GACUGUUUUACCGACGCGGAAUUUGGAGUCCGGUGUAACCUUUUAUCAGAGAAGUUUUGGGAGUAUAUAAAUAUAGUUUUUAUAAAUUGAUUUGGAUAUCUCAAAAUUUUAGUAACUAUGAACUCUGAAGAAAGCCAGAAAAAUUCGUUAUCAGACAAUGUUUGUAAUCAAGUUUCUACUGUAUACAAAUCUCAGUUUGUUGGACUUGACGAUAAACCUUAUGCUACAAAAUGUCUUCUAUGUAAUUUAAAGUUUGUCCUUCCUCAAAAUGAGGAAGAGCUUUUGAUUCAUUUAUUUGAAGAACAUCGACUUGUAAUAGGAGAUGUUUGGAAAAUUGCAAGUUUGAAAAGUUACAUACAUUAUUGGAGUGUUAAGUUUAAAGAAGAGCCAGUAACAAACUUCUGUACAACAGUAUUAAUGAACUGUACAUCUGAUGGUCAACCAUGUGAAAAUGAAAGAUAUUUUUUACUUUCUGAUUGUAUCUUUGAAGAUAAAACAUUAAGAGAUGAAAUACAUAGAGCCAAAUUGGAAUGGGUACUAACAAUGCAAGCAAAAGAGAGAACUGAUACAGACUUCAAACGUGGUUGUAUUUUGUGUCGAAUGGAAUUUUCAGGAUUACGUAUCAAUUAUGUAAAACAUUUAGCACAGAAGCAUAAUUUAUAUUUGGGAAAACCAGAUAACUUAGUGUUUAUAGAUGAAUUUUUAGAUAAGAUUCAAAGUACUAUAGAAAAUUUAGUGUGUAUAUAUUGUGAAAAACUGUUUAAAGAUCGUACAGUGUUAAAGGAACAUAUGCGUAAAAAGUUGCAUAAACGUAUAAAUCCUAAUAAUAAAGAGUAUGACAAAUUUUACAUAAACAACUACUUGGAACCUGGUAAAUCUUGGAGACAUAAACAGAUUUAUUUUAAAGGAAAGAGAGCAGAAGAUCAAAGCAGUGAAAAUGAAGAUGAAGAUACAUGGUCUGAUUGGGAUGAUGAUGAAGGUGUUAGUAUAUCAUGCUUAUUUUGCAAAUACAAUGAUAAACACUUCCAUCUUAUUCUUGAACAUAUGAAAACAAACCAUGACUUUGAUUUUAAAGUUGCAUCAAAGGACUUAACAUUUUAUCAAAAAGUAAAGGUGGUAAAUUAUGUGAGAAGACAAAUUUAUUUACAACAAUGUAUUUUCUGCGAAGUAAAGGUGAAUGAUGUUUUAGAACAUAUGAAAGAACAAAGUCACUUUAAAAUACCUACACAGAAAAGUUGGGAUCAACCAGAGUUUUAUUUUCCAAUGUGUGAAAAUGAUUCCUUUUUAUAUCAUUUGGAUACUAGCGAUAGCAGUGAUGGGGAAAGUGAUGUCGAAAAUCUUACAAAAUCAAUGUGUGAAAUGUCGAAGUAAUAAUGAACAUGUAAAAAUAUUGUACUUUAGUUAUUUAUUUUUAAAGUAAAUUUGAAGAUGAUAUCGAUAAACAUUUAAUUUACAA